AGAGUAAAAGUGAGAACUUCCCGAAAAAAGAAUAAAAGUGAGAAAUGGCCGGAAAUACAUCUAAGUUGCUUCUGGUCUUUCUCAUCGGUUUCCUCCUCAUCAACACUGAAUUCGUAGCUGCGGACAAAGCUCACGCGAAGAAGAAAACAUGUGAGCGCAAGAGCAACACAUGGACCGGAGUGUGUUUGGUUUCGUCCAACUGUGAGAAGCACUGCAAGAAGCAGGACAAGGCUUUGAAAGGAUCAUGCCACCAAGUGGACUUCUUCACCCGUGCUUGCAUGUGCAAAUUCAAGUGCUGAAGAGUUUCUUAAUAUAUACCAUAAAUAAAAUCUAUAUACGUAUCAUGUUACCUACUAUAUAAUCACGAAUUCAUGAUAUAAAACAAAGGUUCAUGAUAUUUUAAAAAUUUUGUAUCGCUUAUUGCGUUUUUCUUAUAAUUUUGAUACGAAAUCGAAUGCUCGAUCAUGUGCCU